AUGUCUCACUAUCCUUUCUCUCGAGCUGCAGCAGCCUUCCGACCGCGGGGCACCCUUCGCGCAUACUCGACGAAAACCAUCGACUCAAUUCUCAUUGCAAAUCGAGGAGAGAUUGCCCUGAGAGUCAAUCGCACUGCUGCCCAGCACGGCAUCCGCACGACUACUUUAUACACGAAUCCCGAUGCCCUUUCACAGCAUGCGCUUUCUUCCCCGUUCUCCUUUAACCUCGGCGCAACAGCCGCCUAUUUGGAUCAAGAGAAGAUCCUCCGGAUAGCAAAACAAGAGGGCUGUCAAGCUAUCCAUCCCGGCUAUGGCUUCCUGUCCGAGAAUGCCGAAUUCGCAAAGAGAUGUGCCGAAGAGGGCGUCACUUUCAUCGGCCCUCCUGCAAGCGCCAUUGAAGACAUGGGGGACAAAGCGAGGAGCAAGGAGAUCAUGAACGCGGCUGGUGUUCCUUGUGUCCCAGGCUACCACGGAUCGGACCAGGCUCCGGAGACACUUGCACACGAGGCGGACCAAAUUGGAUAUCCCGUCCUGAUCAAAGCAGUUCGAGGCGGAGGAGGGAAGGGAAUGAGAAUCGCCAAAAAUGCUCAAGAGUUCUCAGAUAUGCUUGAAAGUGCAAAGAGUGAGGCGAGGAAUUCAUUUGGCAAUGACGAAGUCCUUGUCGAGAAAUACAUUACCACACCACGUCACAUUGAGGUCCAAGUAUUCGCGGAUCAGCAUGGAAAUUGUGUCGCUCUUGGUGAACGAGAUUGCUCCAUUCAACGCCGGCACCAGAAAAUCCUUGAAGAGUCUCCAGCUCCGAACCUAGAUGACUCGAUUCGCAAAGAUCUGUGGGACAAGGCACGAGCAGCUGCGCUCGCUGUCAAGUACGAAGGAGCAGGUACCGUGGAAUUUAUUUUCGACAAUGACACGGGUGAGUUCUACUUUAUGGAGAUGAAUACCAGACUUCAAGUGGAGCACCCAGUCACCGAAAUGGUUACGGGGCUUGAUCUUGUCCACUGGCAGAUCUUGGUUGCAGAAGGCAAACCCCUUCCUCUCACCCAGGAACAAGUCGAAGAACAGAUCUCUCAGCGUGGACAUGCUAUCGAGGCUCGAAUCUAUGCUGAGAACCCGGACAAGGGAUUCAUACCUGAUUCUGGCAAACUUUUACACGUUCAACUCCCCAAAGAAACUGCCAACGUGCGGGUAGACAGCGGAUUCGUUCAAGGGGACGAAGUCUCCAGCCAUUAUGACCCCAUGAUUGCGAAGUUGAUUGUUAGAGGCGAGACUCGAGAAGACGCUCUACGCAAAAUGGUUGCAGCAUUGCAAGACUACGAGGUGGCUGGACCUGUAACGAACAUUGACUUUCUCAAGAAAAUAUGCAAAUCACCCGACUUCGUUACUGGUAACGUGGAGACAGGCUAUAUCGAAAAACACCGAGAAGAACUCUUCCCGCAGAUAAGUGUCACCUCAGAAGUCCUUGCGCAGGCAGCGAUUGCUUCGUUCCUUCGCCAUUCAAAUCCUCAGAAUUCGAAUACAGCGACAUCAGCCUGGCAACUAUCAUCGCCCUCGUGGCUUAAUACAUCUUCGGAUUUUCAGCCACGAACCUUUCAGUUCGCCACGGCGAAUGUCGAAACCGAACCUGGAAAGGAACCCGAAAUUCUUGCUGUGGAACUUCAACAAAUAAGCCCAGGUACAUUCUCUGUGUCAACACCAAACUCUGACCCGAUGUCGGUUUCAUCCUCCUUCAACCCGGAAUCAAAUACCCUAACAACUUACUUUCCCCAUACGCGACAUACCUCACACAUCAUCUUCUCUCCUGAUUCGGCAUCGUCGGGCUCUGGGUCAAAUCCAGAAACAAUCCAUCUCUUCACCCCGCACGGCUCGUUCCUUCUCUACUCGCCUGCGCCUUCGUGGCUUCAGAAAGCACUCGGCGUGACGGAGAAGCCUAACUCGUUGUUCUCCCCUAUGCCGGCCAAGAUUCUCCGCGUGCUGGUCUCACCGGGAGAUGUGGUGAAGAAGGAGCAACCGUUGAUAGUUAUUGAGAGCAUGAAGAUGGAGACCGUCAUAAGAAGCCCGAUGGAGGGGGCCAAGGUACAGAGAAUCGUGCAUGGAGAGGGCGAGGUGGUUGCGAGUGGUGUUGCCCUGGUCGAAUUUGAAGAAGAUGGUACUGAAGAGGGAGGAAAAUGA